AACGAUAAGGAGUUCCCCGUCUAACUGCUCAUUGACCCCAGGAAGGUCUGCGACAUCCCACCUUGGGAAAGAUAUUACAACCACCGUAGUCUAAGUCGCGAAACUGUGGACGACAUCAAGGUUGCGAUGCUGAGUCAAUUCCGCAAGAAAAAGGGGAAGAUCUGGACGAAAAACCCUUUGGUUCUGGCACUCAUCUACAAGCCGGUGUCGCGUAGGCCGGAGAAAGCUGACAGGGUUCACAAAGAUGUCUUCAAGCCGAGGGACAAGGACAAGUACUACUAUUACCCUGUUAACGGACAACACACCGUGGCUGCUGUGAAGGAGUUGGAGGGUGAGUCAAUAUUCGAUGUGUGGAAGAUGCACUCGUGGCCGGCGACAGUAGUGUGGUUCUCCGACCGUGAUUUCGCGGGGUAUAGGCAGAGUCCGAACGAAGCUCAUUGUGCGUUGGCAAAAAAAGAUUUGUCGCUCGCCGACAAGGAGUAUGUCGCUGCCGUUGGCAAUGCAUUAAGCCAGUGGAUGCCUCUCGUGACGGCCGGUGAUGACGUUUUUCGCAAAGCCAUGAAGUUCUACGUGAAAUGGGCGGAGGGGAAGUUGUUGGGCGGCGACGGCAAGACGCCAUUGUCGAGGCCGGGCAAAUACAUGCCAGACAAAUCUCCGGAUCUGCAAGCAAUUCCGAAAAUGGGCUCGAAAGGGGCGGCUGGUGAAACGAAGAUGGGGUGGCUGGUCCGGGUCCCGCCGCCUCCGACCAAAAAAAAAACGCAAGCGGACGACAAGUUUUUCGUGGUCGUGAAGGAGCCAGACAUGUUCUGUUGGCUGUGUCUCGCCGACAUGACCGAUGUCGAGAAACUUUCGAUCCCCGACGACAGUCUCGCACUAAGGGGAGUGUCCGUGCAAUCCGCGGGCGGACAUCUGAAGCGACAGCAUAAACCUGUAAUUAAAGACAUGGUCGUGACGAGGAAAGUGGACCGUGUGAUGCUCCGUAUGUUCCACUACAUCUUGUUCCUUGAAACGAAGGAGGACGAACGUGUUUGGCGGUACGAGAGCCCUUUUUUCCGGACUGAGGACCGACUUCUGGAGGAGUUCGGGUUGCAGGGCCUCACGAAACAGGUGUGGGUCGAAAUGCGAAAGCAUUUCCAGGGCGCGGUGGAGUACGUGAACACUUGCAAACGUACUCUUCCGCACGAGAAGGAGUCCCUCAACGACGCGAAGAGAUUGUACGAUGAUGACAGUUUCUUGAAAGGCAUGGCUUGGCUUAGCGUCCAUCCGGUCAGGACAGGGAAGUGGGUGCGCAAUGCACAGAAGCAGGCCACUUUCCGGGAAGACAAUAUGCUGGUUGAGGAGUGUGACCGCCUGUACGUGAUUUUUAAUGGCGAGAAGCUGGAAGACAACACAUUCGCAGUCUAUCCGGCCAGUAGCCCGACAAAGGCUUCCCGUGCUCAUGGUCCAAGUCUGGCCAAACACACAGUGGCGGUCCGCUCGAAAGCUGUCUGUUCGUCGGACCCAUCAGGACAGGCUAUGGCGUAUUUCGACGUGGCGGAAGAGGAAAGGUUCUCUCGUAGCAUGUGCGAGGACGGCGGCGUGAUAAGUGUUAGUGGAGCUGCUUACGGGGAGAUGGAGCGGAACCCGUCCCGUCUACUUGGUCUACUCGAAAACUUUUGCAAAGCUGGGCAAACUGUUUUUUUCUUUGGGAAGGCGCAUGCGUCUGUCAUGUGGGAACUACUGCGCACCGGUCGGAACAUCGUCGCGAUGGAGAAGGAGGCGAAGAUGAUCGAUUACCUUCAUGAGUUCGUGAAGACACGCGUUGUAGACACUCGCAAUGCUUGCGAGUUUGCCCACACCACCGACGAACAAAACUGGGAUCCCAAACAUGACAUGUAUUGGAAAUUGUCGGGGAACAAAAGGACGGAGGUUUGGGACUUCCUUUUCCAACCCGGACCGCCUGGUCCGACCGACCUCGAAUACAGUCGAUGGCGAAACCUGGUGUUCGGUGUGCUCACUGGGUACCACGAUGCACCCAGGGAGUCUGUCUCGCAUUUCCUGAGCACGUUUACUUCACGCUGGCCGAACCGCUCACCCUGGAAAACUACAAGUCACAGUUUGACGAGGAGGACCCUUUUGACGCUGAAGACAUGGAGGAGCUGAGCGACUCCGAAACCUUCGAUUUUGAGUCCAUGCCACUUCCUCA